CCACGUCGCCUCUUUUCCCAAGUCCACAUCUUCUUCAACGCCCAACUAUUCAAAUCAAAUCACCACCGAACCCCGCAAAUAAAACCCUUCUAAGGUAUCUUUCAGAUACUCAACAUUCAACGAUGGCGAAGAAAGAGAUGGAAGUGAUGAAGGAUGUCGAUCUUGAGAGGUACAUGGGUCGGUGGUACGAAAUAGCCUCAUUUCCAUCGAGGUUCCAGCCCAAAAAUGGAGCUAAUACCAGAGCGACCUACACCCUGAGAGACGAACGGACGGUGAAUGUCCUAAAUGAAACAUGGGUUGAUGGCAGGAGAAGUUUCAUUGAGGGUACUGCUUUUAAAGCUAACCCUGAUAGCAAUGAAGCCAAGCUCAAAGUUAAAUUCUAUGUUCCUCCAUUCUUGCCCAUCAUUCCUAUUGUUGGCGAUUACUGGAUUUUGUAUCUUGAUCAUGAUUAUCACCAUGCUUUAAUUGGCCAGCCUAGCAGAAACUAUCUCUGGAUAUUGUGCAGGGAGAAUCAUUUGGAUGAGGAGAUAUAUAAUGAACUGGUGAAGAAAGCUAAGGAACAAGGUUAUGAUGUGAGCAAGCUUCGUAGGACAACACACACUGACCCUCCAGAAGGAGAUGAAGGUCCUAAAGAUACUAAAGGAAUAUGGUGGAUCAAAUCAAUCUUUGGAAAAUGAUCAAACUUUGAAGGAAAGGAAGUUGAAUAUUGUACCUUUGAGUUCAAUGGGUUUGUUAAAUUUCACCACUUUGGUUUGUAUCCAGUGAAGAUUUUGCGCUUGGUUUUGUCGAAUGGUUGAAACGAGUCAGUCCUUUGUGCUUUGUGUAUAGAGUCUCCCAGAUAUUGUAUUUGCUGAAUAGUUUUUUUAUGAAGCUGGGAUUGUGAGCUCAACAUUUUACUGUUGGACUGCCAGGUUCUGAACUUUCCCAGUCCUGUAAAGAUGAAAUUUGAAUAGAUAUGCAAUUUACUUGCAUAUAACCUGCAAA